AUGCGUGCUAUUGUGCUGCUCUCUGUGCUUUUUGCUCUUGCAUGUGGGCAAGCAGCAUCUUUUUGUAUUCCAACUGAAUAUACGAUGCACGUGGACAGAAGGGAGUGUGCCUAUUGCCUAACCAUCAACACCACCAUCUGUGCCGGGUAUUGUAUGACACGGGAUAUCAAUGGCAAACUAUUUCUUCCCAAGUAUGCACUCUCCCAGGAUGUCUGUACGUACAGAGACUUCAUCUACAGAACUGUGGAAAUACCAGGAUGCCCACUCCAUGUUGCUCCUUACUUCUCCUACCCUGUUGCCUUAAGCUGCAAGUGUGGCAGGUGUGACACUGACUACAGUGACUGUACACACGAGGCUGUCAGGACCAACUAUUGCACCAAGCCACAGACGUCCUACCUGGGGACGCUUUCUGUCUAACUUCAACAGCAAUGCGGUUAUCUGGAAUAGAACUA